UCGAUACUUGUCUUCCCUUAAGAUAUUUUUGAUUUCUGCUAAAGUGAAAGAGAGAAACUCAAAAGCAAGUGUUAUAUAUAAAAGAACUUUUUUGAGAAAAAAAAAACUCAAAAGCAAGAGCUUUACAAGAAGAAGAGAUACGCGCAAGAACACUAAACACGGAAGCGAUUUAGAAAGGAAGAGAGUUUGAUUUCGAUCAAGCAUCUAGUUUUGAAUUUUCGUCCCCAAUAGAUUGUGUUGUUGUUACUGGGAAGAAGAUGGCAGUAUAUGAUCAGAGUGGAGAUAUAAACAGAACACAGCUCGAUACAUCGAGGAAAAGGAAAUCGAGAAGUAGACGUGACGGUAUCACUGUGGCCGAGAGGUUAAAGAGAUGGAAAGAGUAUAACGAUACUGUAGAAGAAGCUUCUACCAAGAAAAGGAAAGUGCCUGCUAAAGGCUCUAAGAAGGGUUGUAUGAAAGGUAAAGGAGGACCUGAGAACGGUCGUUGUAGUUUCAGAGGAGUUAGGCAAAGGAUUUGGGGUAAAUGGGUUGCUGAGAUUAGAGAACCCAACCGUGGGAGUAGGCUUUGGCUUGGUACUUUCCCUACCGCUGAAGAAGCUGCCUCUGCUUAUGACGAGGCGGCUAAAGCUAUGUAUGGUCCUUUGGCUCGUCUCAAUUUCCCUCUGUCUGAUGGCUCUGAGGUUACGAGUACCUCGAGUCAGUCUGAGGUGUGCACGGUUGAGACUCCUGGUUGUGUUCAUGUGAAAACAGAGGAGGCAGAUUGUGAAUCUAAACCACUGUUUGGUGAAGCUAAACCGAUGUUUCAUUUGGAGAAUGGUGCAGCUGAGAUGAAGAAAGACGUCGAUUGGCUGUCUGAGUUCGAGCAUAACUAUUGGAGUGAUGUUCUGAAAGAGAAAGAGAAGAAGAAGGAGCAAGAGAUUGUAGAAACCUGUAAGCAACAGCCGGAUUCGCUCUCUGUUGCAGACUAUGGUUGGCCAAAUGAUCUGGGUCAGAGCCACUGGGAUCCUUCAGAGAUGUUGGAUGUUGAUGAGCUACUAGGUGACAUAAAUGGCGGCUUGAACCAGGACCAGUACGCGGGGAACAAUGUUGACAACGGAUCAUUCAAACACGAGAGGCGACAAGGCGGAUUUCACUCGCUGCAAAGCCUCGACUAUGGUUACGGAUUACCUCCGUUUCAGCUUGAAGCAAAGGAUGGUAAUGGCUUCUUCGACGACUUGAGUUUCUUGGAUCUGCAGAACUAAACUGAACACUGGGAUGCAGUUCUCGGAUUUGUUAUUUGCCGUAAUCCCACAAUGACUGUUGAUUCUCUAUCUUAGUUUUAGUGAUGUAGAGAACUUCAGAAGACUGAGUACCACGUUUUUUCGUAUAAAAGUGAACUGUACAUAACCUCGACGACUGAGAAGACAACUAUAGUUUGUUAGUCUGCUUCUCUUUGGUUGUUCUUUGGGUUUUCUUAUGUUAUAUAACAGUUGGAAUUAAUAAUACACACUUGUGAAGCUUUAUUGA